ACGCAAUGUAGGAAGUAAAUUCCACAGCCUGUCGUUCUUCUUGUUUUGAUAACUCGAGCUAGACUUGAAAAUACACUUGAUUCUGUCCAAAAAUCUGGUCUGUUGAAACGCUGUUGUUUCUCAGCAGCAAUCGACCUGAAUAGCCGAUCAGCUGUAAAGCUGCUAACAUUACGGUAUUAACAGUCCAUGAGUCGCAGUCGGAACCCCCCUCCUCGGGGUCAAGGGGCAGCUCGAGCCAAACAGAUGGGGCUGCUCCUUGACCUGUCCCCAGAUGGAGGGAUGGAUGAUGAAGGAAAUGAUGAAGAGCUGGAAGCAGAGCUGCUCAACCUGGUGGGAGGGGGCGGAGCAGGAGGAAGGUCACAGGGGAAGAAAGCUCCUGUUGCCAUGGCUGAAAUUGAGCGUAUGGCAGCUCUUUGUAUGAAAGACCUGGAUGAUGAAGAGAUGGGCGAUGAUGACUUGGAGGAUGAUGAAGAUCUGCUGGCAGAAUUGAAUGAUGUUUUGGAGGAUGAUGUGGACCAAGCUCCUGCCCCAACUCCUCCUGCUGUCACACCAACCGCUCCUAAAGUGAACGCCACAUCCCACUCCUCUCCUGCUGCUGCACCCAGUGGUGGAAGUGGGUUAGAGUCCCGCCUGCAGGAGCGCAUUGAAAUGUAUAAGACAGCCGUAUCCAAUGCCAAGGCUGCAGGCGAGACAAGCAAAGUCCGAAGAUAUGACCGUGGGUUAAAGACAUUACAAUCCAUGUUAACAUCUGUCAAGAAAGGAAAACCAAUCAAUGAAGAGGAGAUGCCUCCUCCUGUAGCUCUCGGAGGGAAGUCGAAUGUUGCAGCAGAGUCUGAACCAGUGAAGGAACGACAGCCUGAACCUGCGCUGAUGCCCUCCCCUGCCAUCAAUCAGAAACCGCUAAGGGAGGCUGCACCAGCACCUCCGAGUAAUAAGCCAGUGCACUUGAUUCCUCCCCAAAAGCCCACUGCUGCCAUCACUCCAGAAACACCGGCUAUUUCUCCUCUCACCCCCAGCCAGCCUGACGGUCAACACUCAGAGCUGAAACAGGCAGUGCUGAACAGACAGAGAGAAUAUAAGAUGUCUGCCAUAGAAGCUAAACAGAACGGCAACAUUGACCUGGCCAAACAGCACUACCUCACUGCCAAGAAGCUCGAUGUUCUGCUGGAGGCGCUGGACCGAGGCGAACCAGUACAGCUGACCUCACUGCCUCCUCCUCCUGGUGACACAGUAGCAGAGCACCGUGCGCCUCCUCCUCCUCGGUCUGCCCCCCAACCUGCUGCACCUGCUGCACCUGCACCUGCACCUGCUGCACCUGCAUCUGCACCUGCUCAAGUGGCCACUGCUGACUUGCCUGCUCCCAGGAGUUUGGCAGAAGCCCUGCAGCAGAGGAUGGACAUAUACAAAUCAGCAGCAGAGGGAGCCAAAAGCAAAGGAGACGAUCGGAAGGCUCGCAUGCACCAGCGCAUUGUUAAGCAAUACCAGGAUGCCAUCAGAGCUCACAAAGCUGGCCGACCCGUCAGCUUGUCUGAUCUACCGGUACCACCAGGCUGUCCGCCGCUUCAGGGCUCGGAGGGGGCUCAGCAGAACUUCAUGGGAGUCCUGGAAACGGCUAUGAAAAUAGCCAAUCAGGAUGCAGAUGCAGAAGAUGAUGAUGAAGAGGAUGAACAAAGAGAGGCUGCCAAGCCUGCAGUACGUCCACCUGUCCAGAAAGCAAAGUCUCCAGCUCCUCAGGCCCCUGGAGGCGCCUCGGCUCCAAAACUGGGACCUAAAGCCCAGCAGCAAGUGGAUUUCCUGUUGCUAAGGCGACAGGCUUUUAUGCGUGCCGCACUGCGCUCCAAACAAAUGAAAGACAUGACGGGAGCAGCGCAGCACCUCAGACAUGCCAAGGGACUGGACCCCAUGAUCACUGCUGCCAAGUCUGGUCUGCCUGUUGACAUCUCCAAGAUUCCAAACCCUCCGGUAAGUGAGGAGGACUACUCCCUCUCGCGCUCCCGUGCCUCCCCUCGCUCCAGUGAGCAGUUCCGUGGCCUUAUGGAUCUUUUGCGAAAGCAGCACGAGAAAUGUCUGGGCUUUUCUCAACAGUUCACACAGUUGGGCAGCGUGGCUGAGGCUCUAAAGUUUGAGAAGCUUGUUGAGGAGUGUGUGAAGAGCAUAGAGAUACUGAAGAACGCCCAUGCCAAGGGUCAUCCAGUCCCCAAGUGCCGCACAGAAGAGAGGACCUUCAACUCUGUCAAGAUCCACCAAAACCUGACACCCAAUGACCUGAUGCUGUACAUCAUUCGAGGCAUCAACCUCCCGGCUCCGUCAGGUGUCUCUGCUAAUGAUCUGGAUGCCAGUGUAAAAUUUGAGUUUCCUUUUCCCAGUUCGGAGGAGCCUCAGAGGGACAAAACCAACACAGUAAAGAACAGCAGUAGCCCAGAGUUUAAAGAGCAGUUUAAACUCGCCAUCAACCGUGGCCACAGAGGCUUCAAGAGAGUUGUGCAAUCCAAAGGCAUCAAGUUUGAAAUCAUCCACAAAGGAGGCCUGUUCAAGACGGACAAAAUAGUCGGCACUGCUCAACUUAAACUAGAGCCUCUAGAAAACCACUGUGACAUCAGAGAGAUCAUAGAGGUGAUGGAUGGACGUAAACCCACCGGUGGAAAGUUGGAGGUGAAGGUGAAGAUCAGAGAGCCUCUCUCUGGAGCCGAACUGCAGCCGGUCACGGAGAAGUGGCUGGUUCUUGAACCAGUCUCCCCGCUCUCCCCUCCAGAGAGGCAGAAGGAACGAGCCCCAUCUCCUCGUUCUAAACCCAGACAUGAAGCGAGCAGCCAGAGCAGCCAUCCCAACAACUCUCCUCCGCAGUACAAGAUCCACAGCUUCAGCCUCCUCAACUAUGACAAGGAGCGACUGGAGAGGAAGAUUGCAGAGUACCGAAGGAACCGGCGGGAUCCCCCACCUGACCUCAUCCAUCAGCACAGAGACGUGACACAUCGACUGCAGUGGCAGAAAGCGCAGCUGGAACGAGCGUCUCCGGCCUUGCUCACAGAGUAUGAGAACGUGCUGCGGCGAUUUGUCCAAGCCCUCUCUGACUCUGUGAAAAAAUUUUCCAGCCAAGGCAACAGGGAAGCGGCCAAGGACUCACUGGGCAGGCUGAAGAUGGUGGAGAGCGAGCUGGAAUCCUUGAAAAGAAAGCGAACUGGAUGAGAGGACGAUAAGGAAGUGGAGGCUUGGCUGGAGUACUGUUAUCUCUCUCUCUCUCUCUCUCAUACACACUCUUAUUUACUAACGCUACAGUGGGUACAAUAAGCACCUUUAGCAUGAUGCUAAACUGCUCAUGGGUGAGACAGCUGCAUGAACCCGCCUGCUAAUUCUAUCAAACGUUCCUUGUGUAACGUGGUCAGUCAUCUGCCACGGUAGUUAAAAAAUUAAACCACGAAAGGGACACGGAAAUUAAAGAAAGCAUUAAAAUGUGUAAGGAGUUAAUGGAGAUGCAGAUUUAUUUGCACUUAAACAAGACAAACACUACAAAAAAGAAACGCUUUUAAAGUACGGCUCUACAGAUUUACAGACUUUUUUUUUUUUUUUUAAUUCGAAUCUUUCUGUAAGAAUCGUUGGCGAAGAUACACCGCUAAAUGUUUUACAGCUGACGCCAGUCCUUUGGCGUCCAGAGAUGACCAAAAACAUGUGCGUGCUUGUGUGUUUAACCACCGGACAGAGGUGAAAUUAACCCUUUUCCCCCAUAUUUUCACAUGUGUGUAAUGAGCUUAAUCUAAUCUGUCUGCUCCAGUGUUCCCAGAUUACAGUAAUCUGCUCCAUUUGGAGUGCUGUGAUAUGGGAAUAAAAAAAAAAAAAAAAAAAAACGGGGCUUCGGGGUGUCGCAGCCUACAUCCCAUAAUGAGGGAUUAGUGUUUAUGUCACCAAGGAGACGACUAGAUCAGACGUGGAGUCGCCUUUGGGGGCUGGGAACAGGGAGGUGUUAACAGCGCGCCAUGAAUGUGGUAGAAGCUUAGCUUUGCAAAGGGUUCGCUGCUCCUUCUUCUUCGUCAGCUGUUACUUCUUUGUUGUCUUCCUCAGCUUCACUUUCCUCACUCUAAUUCCCCUGCAUCUAUUCGGAGAUUAUUCAGAUCCCCACUUUACACUCCUGCACAAUAUUAAGUCCAUUGUGCUGUCGAUUAGAAAAUAAUUAACAGCUGCUGCAUCAGAUUUUGGUGGAGCCAGUUUACAAAAACAGACUCUGUCCCGCUGAGCUCUCCAUUGGCAGCGCAAUGGAUGCUGAAAAGUCUGCCCACAGGAAGAGAACCCAAUAUGUGUCAGUGUGGCCGGGUAAUUGCUCAUUUCUAUUUCUGUUCCCCUGCAGACGUCCCUGUCAUGGGCACCCAUAUCAGUCCUGCCGACAAAACCAGUAAAACUUUGUAACAAAUGCGGAUACACUGGGAAUAAUAAUUUGAAACAACGCUCAAUGUACAAAAACACGUAACUUGACAAAUGUGCCUCGUUGCUGCCAUCACAACAACACAAGUGUUUGACAAACCGCUGACAACACGUUCCGUUGAUCCAUGUUGAUGCAUCCAGUCAGGAUGGAGCAGACUACUUCAGAUGAGACGGAGAAAACACAUGUUUACAUUUGACUCUUCAGUGCUGAGGAUUUCCAACGCCACUAAUAGUUUUUAAGUCAUGUGACACAUCAUGAUGAUAAUCAUGUGUCUGCACUAAUCUUCCUACUGCUUCUCUGCAUUAGUGAAUAAUCCCGGUUAAAGUUGGCUGAUGUGAUUUUAUAUAACCGAGAGAGGACGUCUCCUGACCGUUUGUAAAUGUUAAAUGUUACGGAGCUUUUGAUCACCUCAUAUUUUUAGAGGCAUUAUGACAUUAAGCCUAACGUGGGAGUCAGUCAAACUUCUUCUACUUCGAGUCGCUGCCACUUUGCGUUUUUUGCAGAUUUUGUUUGGAUGCGUCACAGUUUCAAAAGUUCUUCCAAUCAGCCAGAUUUCAGUGUGGCUCAAAAAUAUUUUUGAUGACUUGACCAGAUUUAAUCAAUCUAGAUUUAAAUAUAGAUACAGAUAUUAGAAAAGAAAGGUUUAAGAAAUAAUAAGUAAAUUUGUUUGUGCAGACAGUAGAUUGCGCAAUUUAAGUAAUUUUCAAGGGUCUGUCAAUAGUUUUCACACUAAACAGAACUGAGUGGAGCCCAUUAUCCUCCAACAAAUUAUUAUUUUCAAUAUGGAGAAUUACUCCAUUUGUUUUAUGUUCGAUAAAAGUCAGUACAAUCCAACACUAAAACCCAACAGCAGCUGCACUUGUUUGAGUUUUCUUCAAGAUUUUUCAUCCAAGCAGCUCCUUCACUUCUACGUGACUAGUGGGGAAAUUAGUUUUUUAUUGUAAACAUCUGUGGUUUAGGUUGGUGCCUCAGAGGUUUUUCCAUAAUUAGCGGUAGCCAUCACUGCCUAAAACUCAUCAAACGGAAAAACUGGACGCCGCCAGGUUGAUCUAAAUGAAUUCCUCAAAUUGCAGGUGAACGCUGUAUUGUUCACAGAGUCUAAGGUGGACACCACCCACAAACGUUCCUGAUAAAAACCUUAACUUCCCUCUAGUCAUUUAAAACUGGAGAAGCCACAUUUCACAGAAACUUAAAUGUCUACAGUGAAAAAUCACCAAAAUCAUCAUGUCAGAUGUAUAAAUUGGCCUGGCAUGGUUUGCAGAAAGAUGAGCUGUAAUGGAAAGUAAAUGGGACUCUGUAGCAGCAGCUGCAUGUUUUAAUGCGCACAAAAAGUGUGACCGCACUGCACCCCUUCAACCCCAUGUCACCCCAAAUACACUCCAGCCACAUCACCCCACUCCUUAAAUAACCUCCUGGCCUCUGAGGCUGCCCCGUUGUUGUGGCAACAAGCUCAUCAGCAUUCAGUGCGGUAGGUGGACGGUCAGGGCCGAGGUAAAGGGACAUAUCGUUAAAGUUUGUCCUGCUGGUGACUCACACUCCUUUCCUCAAUUUACAACACACACACUCCAUUUUUUUUUUUUUUUUAAAUGUUCAGCCCUUCUACUUUGUCUGUGAUCUGUCUACUUUCAUGAUUUAUCACUGUUCGAUUCUUUUCUCCUAAUCAGCGGGAGUGAAAAUAUGUCAAUGUGUUUAGUUUUUUUUUUUUUUAAAUCUGUUCAUUCAUGAAAGGGCAAUCAGUACAUAUGUAAUAUUUAUAUACGGUAAAUAUGCAGCAUUAUAUGCUCCGUCUCUAUUUUUAAGUGUACGUCAUGAUUGGUGCAGCUUGAUAUGGGAAUGUAUGAGGGCCUGAUUGUUGAGGCUUUAUUAUCUUAUGUAUGAGGCCGUUAUUGACAUGAAUAAAAUGGUGAAAGAGUU